GGGUGGGCUCAUCUGUUUUCCUUGACAGCCGUGGCAGCAGGAGGAGCGGCCCAUCCGGCAGAUCCUUUACCUGGGGGAGCUGUUGGAGACGUGCCAUUUCCAGUCGUUCUGGCAAGCUCUGGAUGAGAACAUGGAGCUGUUGGAUGGGAUUGCUGGCUUCGAGGAUUCCGUCCGAAAAUUCAUUUGCCACGUGGUGGGCAUCACGUACCAACACAUUGACCGAUGGCUGCUGGCUGAGAUGCUGGGGGAUCUCUCAGAGGCGCAGCUGAAGGUGUGGAUGAGCAAAUAUGGCUGGACGGAGCCGGAACCUGGCAAGGUGUUCAUCUGCAACCAGGAGGAGAGCAUCAAACCCAAGAACAUCGUGGAGAAAAUCGACUUCGACAGUGGGUGC